AUGAACAACUUUGACCUCUCCACAUCGCCCCCGCCAUCUUAUUCCGCCGGCGGGGAGGGCGACGACUCCCCACUAGGCGCAUAUCUUGCUGCCGCAGACGCCGAGCGCUCAUUCGACUCGGACCUUCUUGGGUCGCCAUUUCGGCCCAAUGAUGACAACACUAUUGCCCGCCGAAAGCGUCCCAGUCCCGGGCGCAGCGUCUCCCCGACUCCAGGACACGCCCCUGCACGGAUAGCAACUGCUCUUAUACCUGCCACCCCGCCAGCGGCCACCAGAGCAAGCAACGGCGACACACCACGUACACCUCUAGACACAGAGACACAUGACGCUGGUCCCAGCCGAGUGGCUGGCAGUGGUGGCGGUCGGGGCUCCCUGUUGGCGCCGAUGCCGCGGAAGGGUACUGACAACGCAUUCGUCGGACGGUUCCAGUACCUCGUCGCAUCCAGUGGACUUUUGGAAAAGUCCCAGCUCGACUUGAGCAAGUCGUCACCUCGGAGAGAUGGCGUCGGGCACCACAUUGAGCGCCCCGAGCCCACCGUCGCCGGCCCGCUUCAGUCAAUGACCACCCCUGACAAUGUACCUCACGCACUGUCGGAGGCACGCUCCGAGAACAUGACCCUGCGAUGGGACAUUGUCGGUGCUGUCGCCGUCCUCGUCCUCUCGCUCGCAUACGUCCUUGGUCCUGUUGUCGCUAUUGUUAUCGGGACAGCAGGUGCUGGUGGCGCCUGGUACUUGAGGCCAACUGUUCUGACACGGACACCGCCUGCCACACCGCCACGCGUGUCAACACCCCAGCCACCAUCCAUCGACGCCGGCCACGUCCCCAUUGACGAGGCACCGACGACCCCCACAUCGGCCCCCGCCGACAGCGUCAUGACCUCUCUGGACGAGUUCCUUACAGAGUCUCGCAGUCUGGACCACUCCAUCGCGACAUCGCUCCAAGUGUUGGCACCGAAACCCGAUGACACCGAGCAAGCACACGAGCUUCGCAUCGCUCUCCAUCGCGUGAUGGAGGACAUGACCGACAGCUUGGCGGCAGCGACCUCGACGCUCGUGCCAAUGGCCGACCGUGCGGCACUCACUGUUCUGGAGGACAUGUACGACAUUCCCGUCACCAAACCGCAGCGCCGAAUUCGGCAUUGCAGCACCGAUGACGAGAACGAGAGCCCCCUUGCCAGAACGCACCACGUUCGUCCUCGUGCUUCGUCGUCAUCGGCUACAGGCUGGGUGCCCGACCUACUGACGGGCGGGCUCCUCACGCCCAGGGAACGCGCACUAGCCAAGUCCCCGAUCCGUCACAAUGAGGCAUCUCCGUUCGACCCGAAUGACAAGUUCACUCCGCUGCCUGUCCGCUCCAUCCGGCAUAGGCGAGCAAGCUGGAGCCAGGACUGGGACGGACCAGUGUCUCCGCUGCAGCAACAACAGGAGCGACAGGAACGCGACAUUGAGGAUGAUGUGGCCAACGAGAGCGUCCUCUCAGCCAGCUCGGCGGAUAGUAGUGUUCCGGCGUCCAUUCCAGAGACUCUCGCUCCGUCAAUGUCUCCUCCACACGGACCUCGCCAACGACUGGGAGCUUUUGCCCCCAAGCGAGCCUCUCCACUUGCACAGGCGCUGCAGCAACUCGAAGGUACCCCACCCAGCUCUUAUGUUCCACCAUCCUCUUUUCACGCUCCCUUCGCCGUCAUGCAGAACAGGUCAACCUCGGCAUACCGGCGUUCAUUGCAAGACAUUCCCUACAUCCACUCCUCACCCACCUCGUCGGCAGACACUGCUGCCAACCUCGCUCUUGCCCGCGCAUCCGCCAACAUGUCGAGUGCCAACCGCAGAUCACUCCAGACUUCCAACACUCCACAGGACAAGGAGAACAUGCAGGAGGCCAUCGCCGCCGCUGGCAAAGGUCUGCAGCGCGCACGUUCGUUGCCUCAGUCGCAGCGUGGUUUGAAGCCCAUGCAGCAGCAAAUGAGUCCCGAUAGCAUGCGGUCGUCCACCAUCAUGGGCCAGAGCCCGUCACCUAUUUUCGGCCGCCCAACGGGGAGUACCCCUGCGUCAAAGCGCGGAUCCUUGAUCUUUGCCGCCGACUCGUACCGACAGGAUGCGGCCUCUCUGGGCCAUGGUUUCCUCCCCCGCCACAUACCGCGACCCUCGCGUGUCGUGUCCGUGUCCCCGCUCACCCUGUCAGGCCUCAAGGCGGCCUACCUCGGUGUUCACUUGAAACGUCGUCGUGUUGCAUGCUGCCUCCUGGGCCUGCGGUUUGACGAGGCUCGCGAUGGGCAGUACUGGGACGACGUGUGCGCCACUCUUCAGUCAUUGGUGGAGGCGAUCACCGCCAGCAAGCAACGUCUCGAGGUGUUACGUGCGGAUGCCGAGCGCGAGGCAGCCGCUGUCUUGGCCCUUGCCACCAUCACCAAGGAGCCGCCUGUCACUCCGCCCCGCCUGGGUGGUGUCCCGCUUACGCUCAUGGCGCGAACCGGUUCCAACAACUUUGCGCCUCGCGACAGCACGGAGCAAGCCAUCCUGUCGAGUGUGGACGAGUUGCAGCGAACCCUCGCCCGUGUCUGGGCGCGGUGCGAGGAUCUCCGCUCCCGCGUCGAGACGGGCGAAACGAACGAGCUCGUCGCAGCUUGGAGCGACGUGCGGUCCGAUGUCGGCGGCAUGCUUCGGCACGUUGAGCGCGGACGCGAGGCUGCCCGUCGAGACUGGCAGUCAUCUGAGGCGGAGGAAGAAGAGGUGCUGUCCGACUUUGUGGAUGAACGACCCGCCUCUCCCGUCCCCGACUUCCUGCGCGCUUGGGGACUCGCGCCUGGCCCUGGCGCACCCGAGAUUGUGCGACCGGGAGACGAGUCGGGCGAGUCUGAGAUGCUCCUCCCCGUCGACGACAACCUGCCUCCUCCCGGCAUGGACGAAGUGUACGAGGCAACCCUCCCGCCCGCCGUGGCCUUUGCUCGUCCCAAGGCUGCACUGUCGCGCGAGGAGCGUAUCGCCCUCACUCGCGAGGCCCGCGCGCGCGGCCUGAGUCUCGCUCAGCUCACCGCUGCGAGCAGCGCCAGCCCGGCGGAGAGGGAACGCGAGACACAGAGGCAGCUCGAAGCUGAGCGCCUGAGGGCCGGAGGAGAGAUGGUCGCCGAGCUGCAGGGUAUGUUUGGCGAGAUUAGGCGGAGGAAGGGGAUGGACGACUAG